AUGGGAGAAAUCAGUGGUGCAUUGGAUGUAUGGUCACUCGGUUGCAUUAUUGUUGAGAUGAUUAGUGGGAAAAUGCCAUGGAACUAUAGCAACCUGAAAGAUUUGAGAAACAAGCUUUUGAAUGGAGAAUCACCCAAAAUCCCAGAAAACAUGUCAAGUAUUGGGAAGGAUUUCUUAGCAAAGUGUUUUGCUAGGGAUCCCAAGCAACGAUGGAUGGCUAAUAUGCUGUUAAGCCACUCUUUUCUUAUGCCAGAGUUCAGCUUUUUUUCGUAUGGAAGCAAUCUCCCACAACUCUUCUCAGCCCUUUCUUCAACAAUUUUUGACGAGGACAAAUCGUUAAUCCAAUCCACAAAGAGUUUCCAAAAGGAUGACAAAUUCGGACCAGAAGGAGAUUUGGUUGAAAACUUAAGGUUGCAAGUAAUGAAGAUGGGCGUCUAG